GGCGGCCGCGCAUCUGGCUCCGGCACGCUGCUGCCUGCGCAGUGGCUGCAGCACUUCAUGGCAGGCUGAUGACGGGGGGGUCCUCCUGUACCCUCCUCGCAGGGGCUGCGCGGGUGCCUGCCAGGACCAAGCACCAUGGAGCUGGGGGGUGUCACGUGCCGGGGGGGGUCCUCUGUGACAUCCCCCUCGGAACCACACGUCCCCCGGGAUGGAGACGCCCUGGCAGCUGCUGGCACCCUCGUCCCGUGCCUGACCACCACCGAGGGGCUUCCCAUGCCCGGUGGGAGCAGCCCCCCGGCCCCCGCACCCAGCGGGGGGCCGGGGCAGGGGGCCAUGCAGCCGCUCCCCGCCAUCCGCCCCUCGCGCGCCGGGCUGUCCGUCUUCGCCUGCUACGACCAGCUGCGGCACGAGAUCCAGGCGCUGCUGGCGGAGAACGAGGAGCUGGCUCGCGUGGUGAACCUCAUCAAGGAGCACCAGCAGCUGCAGCACAUCCUGCGCGGCCACCCCAGCAUACAGCCCCUGCUCGUCUCCACGCCCCGCGACAGCCCCGGAGACCCCGCCGGCGGCACCGCAGCGAGCGCGGCGUGGGACAGGGAGUCGGCGCAGAACCAAAGCGUCCCGCUGUCGCCCACGUGGUUCAACCUGCAGCCGCAGAGCAUCACGUCUGAGACGUCCCUGCCCGGCACGGAGAUCGGCACCGUCCUGUUCUCACCCGUCACCGGGAACAAGACCGUGCCAGUGAAUAUGUAUGGCAACCCUUCCGUGGGGGGCAACUACCUGCGGCUCUCCUGCCCCCCCGAAUUGUAUGGCAACUUCAGCCUGCCCCUGGAGCGCCAGCUGCCCCCUGAGCAGCCCCCAGACCCACGGAAGCCAGAGCAGAGGAGCCCCAGCGUGCAGCAGCCGGACCUGCAGAGCCCCGGCCCCCCGGUGACCCCGGUCACAGUGACCCCGAUCGCGGUGACCUCGAUCCCGGUGACCCCGGCCCCGGUGCCGCCGGAGCCGCUGUCCCCGGAGCAGCAGCAGAAGCCGCUGGACCUGCGGCUCCCCGACGUCCGGCGCAAGGAGCCCUCACGGAAGUCACCCAGAGCCGCCGAGCGCCCACCCGCCACCCCGCAGACACCGCAUGGCGCCAGCCAGCGAGAUGCCCGGCACUGGGAGCGCCUGGUGGGGGAGAUCGCCUUCCAGCUGGACCGCCGCAUCCUCGCCAACAUCUUCCCCGAGCGGCCCCGGCUCUACGGCUUCACCGUCAGCAACAUCCCCGAGAAGAUCAUGGCGUCCAUCUUCAGCAGCUCGCCAGGUGUCUUUGACGAGCAGUACUGUGCCGCCAUGGCGCGGCGCUACAUCACCCUCAUGACGCGCCUGAGGGCGCUGGGCUACAACCCCGAGGUGCACCCGGCGCUGGCUGAGUCCCUGGUCAACACCUUUGGCAUCCUGCGGGAGCUGCCCGAGGCGGCCGGCUCCAACGCCUGCGCCACCCCCAGCCCCAGCCACCUGCGCCGGGUGGUGGCUGAGACGGUGCCGCCGGCGGUGCGGGCGGACGCGCUGGUGCUGCUGGAGUGCCUGCAGGAGCUGGCGCGCGAGGACGGGAAGCCGCUCUUCCUCAGCUGAGCCCCCCGCAGCCAUUAAAGCCCCCCCAACUCGCUGGGCACUGGUGUGGCAGUGAUAUAACAAUAAUGCGGUGCCAGUGCGCUCACCCUCCGCUGUCCCCACUGGUGGCACCGUCACAGCCACUCAGCCUGGGGGCACACGGACCCCAGAUACCUGCGGGAGGGCACAGCUGUGCAAUGCCCCCCCCCCACACACACACACCUUUGUGUCAGCACGUGCAGCAGGGGGCGUGCGAGGCGUGAAGCGAUGUCCAUGGCCGUGGGCAGACGCGUGUCUGGGCACUGCUGGCCCACAGAGCAGCCGGCUGUGGGGUCGUGAAUGCCCCCCCUGUGAUGUGUAUGACUCGGGGGGCGCCCCCGGCUGGCUCCUGCAGCGGUGCCAUGGCCCAGGCAGCCGGCUGGGGGGCUGGGGGGUGGCAGUGCCCUGGGGUGCAGGCGGGGUGCAGGCAGCAGUGCCGGGGGCAGCAGCAGUGCCGGGGGCAGCAGUGCAGGCAGGGUGCCAGCAGUGGGGCUGCGGCCAUGGGGCCAUGCGGGGGGAGCAGCUCGUGCCUGGAGGCUGCUGUCCUUUCACUUUCACUUCUGCAUGGCGGCAGCGGCUCUGACAUGGAUGUGAGAGCCGGGGCAGCCGCUGCCGCCGGUGGGAACGGGCACCUGGGACACCUGUGGCAUGAUGGCACGGGGGGGAGAGGGGACAAGGUGCCCGCCCCCCGCCCCCCCAGCGUUCCCUGUCCCCACGGCCACGGCCUUGCCUGGGGCCUCGCCCCAGCCCCGCGAGUCCCCUGGGGCACACAGUUGAUGUUGACGUUGGGCGUGCAAGGCAGUGCCGGGGUGCCAGGGGCCCUAUGCACAAGUGGGGGUGCACAGCGGUGCACAGGCCCCACGGCUCCCCAGUCCCUCCCCCAGAGUCCCCCAGCGCCCCCCAGCACCUCCCAGCUGUGCCAGGGGACAGGGGCUGCACAGGGAGCCGUGGGUGGCGGUGACCUGGGGGCUGGGGGCAGCACGUGCCAUGCCCCCCGCCCU